UAAAUAACAUUCAAUCCUUUGCAACAACAAAAAAAAGAUUCAAUCCCAGAUUUGCAUACAUAAAUAUACAUAUAUCACGAUCACAAUUUUGAGAUCUCUAUGUAAUCUCUCUCUCUCUCUCUCUCUGUGGGAACUUGUUUUGUCCGUCCAAGACACAUUGGCUCAAUCGUGGGACAAUUCAACUCCGUCUUUGUUGUUCUCUCUCUGUCUUUCUCUCGUAUACAUUUUAACUCCAACCCAAUUCAAUCGGCGAAUCUGUGUUUCUUUGUUAUCUAAUCUAUGGAUUUUCAACUGAGUCCUAGCUCCGUCUCUCCUCAACUCAAGGAGACUUGGCAGCAUACAAUCCUUCUGUCAUUUCAAAGCCUUGGAGUAGUUUUUGGUCGUUUGAGUAUUGCUCCCUUAUUUGUAUUUGCAACCAUUGGCACAGAGAAUAUCGAAUCUGUUGACAGGAUACAUGAGCUCUUUUCCUUUGUAUUUUGGACUCUGACCAUCAUUCCUUUAUUGAAGUAUGCCUUAAUAGUAUUGAGGGCUGAUUAUGCUGGAGAGGGUGGUAUUUUUGCAUUAUACUCCUUACUUUGUAGGCAUGCCAAAGUGGGUCUGCUUCCAAAUGAUAAAAAUACCAAUGACAUUAUGUGCUUUGAGGAGCAAACCCCUUCCAAUAUUGAGGUGGAAUCAAGGGCUAGAAGGGCCAUUGAAAAACAUAAAAGUAGUCACUAUUUGAUGUUGGUCGUUGCUCUGUUUGGUUCUUGCAUGACAGUUGGUGAUGGAAUUCUUACACCAGCUUUAUCUGUACUGUCGGCUUCAUCAGGCCUUGGAAGAUCAUUGGCAGAUAUUUCAUAUCAAUAUUCCUCUUCGGAAAGAACGAGGAACACCUUAGAAAAGGAUUUCAAAAAAUAUGUACCGGUUCCUGCUGCAUGUGUUAUAUUGAUUUGCCUUUUCACUCUGCAACACUAUGGGAGCCAUAAAAUUGGCUUUAUGUUUGCUCCAGUUGUCAUUAUAUGGCUCUUGUUCAUCAGUGGAGUGGGUCUAUAUAAUAUCUGUCAUUAUGACCCCCAAAUCAUCUAUGCUAUCUCUCCAACAUAUAUGUACAGAUUCAUGAGAAGAAUUAGCCCUGGAAGUUGGGGAUUACUAGGCAGUAUCCUCCUUUGUGCAGCAGGAUCAGAAGCAAUGUUUGCAGAUCUAGGUCAUUUCUCGAGGAGAUCUAUCACGGUUACUUUUGUCUGCCUAAUAUAUCCAGCCCUUGUUUUGUGUUACGCUGGUCAAGCAGCUUUUAUCUCCAAGAACUUGGGUGUUUCUAAGGAUGUUUUUCAUCUCAGUGAAUCUGUACCCAAUAGUUCAGGAUCGAUUCGCCACAUCUUCAGGGUGUUAUCGCUAUUUGCCUCAGCUGUAGGAAGCCAAGCAACAAUUACUGCCAGUUUCUCCAUUAUAAACCAGUGCCUGGCACUUGGUUGCUUUCCUAGAGUUAAAGUUAUCCAUACAUCAGAUAAGAUACAUGGGCAAGUAUACAUUCCAGAUGUCAACUGCAUAUUGAUGCUUUUCAGCAUAGCAAUCACCAUUGGUUUCCGUAACAUUUCACUGAUUGGAAAUGCAACAGGUUUAGCUAUAAUUUUUGCAAUGCUAGUUACAACUUGUUUCAUGUCACUUGUAAUCGCGCUGUACUGGGAGAAGAGCUUAUUUCUAUCCGUGUGCUUUCUAGUGUUAUUUGGCUCAAUUGAGAUCAUAUAUCUAUCAGCUUGUUUGUUAAAUUUUCCCAAGGGAGCUUGGUAUUUAGUUGUCCAUUUGGUGAUUUUCAUGACAAUCAUGCUUGCCUGGCACUAUGGCACCCUGAAGAAGUAUCAAUUUGAUUUCGAGAACAAGUUAUCAUUGGAUUGGCUCACUGAACUUGGCCCGGGUCUAGGAGUGACCCGGGUACCUGGAAUUGGCUUCAUCUACACCGACAUUGUCACCGGAAUCCCAGCUUUCUUCUCCCAUUUUAUUACAAAUCUUCCUGCAUUUCAUCAGGUGCUGAUCUUUGUCACCUUCAAGUCUUUGCCUGUCCCUUACAUCCCCGCAUGCCAGAGGUAUCUUAUAGGCAGGGUUGGGCCCAAAGAAUACAAGGUGUAUCGUUGCAUUGUAAGGUACGGGUAUUGUGAUCAUGUAAGGGACACAGAUGAUUUUGAAAAGCAUAUUAUUUGUUCCAUUGGUGAAUUCAUUUCCAGGGAGGAAAACGAUUUUGAAGCCUCGACUUCGCCUGAAGGAAAGAUGAUCGUUGUUGGAAGCCAAAUGGCAGAUAGAAAUGCUUUGAUUCCUCUAGAUGGGACUGUAACAAAUAUGGGUUCUUCUGCAAGCUUGGCCUUUUUUGUUUCUUGUUUUCGGACAAGUCCAUUGUAUGACCACCCAUCAGGAAGUGUUUCUAUUCCAAUCAGGAGGAAAAAAGUUCGAUUUGUAUUGCCUCCAAAUAGUCCUCAAAUGAGGCAUUCUGUUAGGGAGGAACUCCAAGAAUUAGUAGAUGCCCGGGAAAGUGGGACUGCGUAUUUCUUGGGACAAUCACAUUUGACAGUGCGCCGUGGUUCAAAUUUUCUAAAGAAAUUCUUGAUCAUGACUUAUGUUUUUCUUGAUAAAAACUGUCGAGAGCCCCCUGUGGCAUUGAACAUCCCUCAUGCUGCUCUUGUAGAGGUUGGUAUGGUCUACAUAAUAUAAACUAUGUACUGGGACAUAAAUUGUCUUUCUCGCACUUCAGUAUUAUUGUAACAUACUGUAAUUUUAAUGAUAAAAGCAAAUUCCAUAUAA